AUGCCACGUAAGCUACGUAAGAAUAUACGUAAGAGGAAGGGAGCAUUGAAACAUCCAAUAGUAAAACUGACACCACAACAACAGUUGCAACAACAAAUGAUGAAUGACCCCACUAUGUUGCAACAAAUGUCAAGCAACCCUAUGCUUUUAAACCGAGUUAUUGGUGCACAGAGUGGAGGUUUAAGAGCGGCACUUUUAGCGAAAAUGGCAGGCUAUGGUGGAGCUGCAGACGGAACAGCUUAUAACCCUCAAAGUCAAAUGAAUUUGAGUUCACUCAAAAAUCAAAUAACAGAUGUCAAAAAGUCAAACAUAGACAUACAGAAACAAAUAAGUGAAAACGAAAAGAAACUAGAAUAUGACAGACACACAAAGAAACUCAAUGAGUUAAACGUAGAGAAAAAGAAGAAAGAAGAACAACUGAAAGAACUAAGUACAGAGGAAUAUGCGAAAAAAGUGUCAGAAAAAGCAGCAGAAGUAGCAAAAAUGGAACAAGAUGUUAUAAAUUUGAAAAACCAUACUACUCAAUAUAAAGUACUGAAAGAUGAAGAGAUAAAACAAAAAGCCCUGAAGACAUAUAUGGAUAGCGAUGA